AUGUCUUCCUCUAGCACCAGCCCUAUCGUACCUCCCUACUUGGAGAGGUUCAUUACUGUACCCGAACUCCUGAAGUUCCAUCUCGAAAACAACCCUAGCCAGCCUGCAUAUGUUUUUUCCCCCGAGGGACAGCAUCAGGAAUGUACCGACAUCACUUACUCGGAAUUUGUACGCGCCAGCCAUCGUGGUGCUCAUAUCAUCCGUGGUGGUCGUGCUGGCACUGACGGAGCGGUCGUCGGGGUGAUUGCGUUGGUCGAUACCCUUGUCUAUCAGACAAUGGUCGCUGCCAUUAUGCAAGCCGGUUGCGUUCCCCUCUUGAUCUCUCCUCGUGUUACCCCGGCAGCAGUGAUCAAUCUUUUACAAACAUCGGGCUGCCACCGGAUCCUUAGCACUCAGAAUACCCUCAAGGAGCUGCUUCAAGGAGUUGAAAAUGAACUGACCACCACCGCAUCGCCUGACGGAGCGUACCCCGUCAAUAUUGAGGAAAUUCCCAGCCUGCAGGAGCUUUACCCAAAGCUUGGAAGGGAACAACAACAGGACCCAUUUGAGCCAUAUCCCGCACCGUUGUCAUAUCCGAAGGAGGAGGACAUCGCAAUAUACCUGCACUCCUCCGGGAGUACAGGGCUCCCCAAAGUAAUUGCGCUCUCUCAUUCGACGUUGAUCAAUGGCUGGGCUGGGAUGCCCAUCGCGGGGCAUUUACGCUCACACAACAUCCGCAGGUUAGGAGUCAUGCCGCUCCCACCGUUUCAUGCUUUUGCAUUCUUGACUCAAUUCAUCUAUCCAAUUUUUGCUUCGAUUUCGGCUGCUCUUUAUCCGCCAGUCGUGACCAAGCCUGACGCUUUACCCAUUACACCUACACCUAACAAUAUUCUCCCGCAAGUUCAAGCCACUAAGUCUAAUUGUAUCAUGGUCGUCCCAGCCAUGCUACAGAUUUGGGCUCAAGACGAAGAAGAUGUCAAGGUUUUACAAGGGUUGAAGGCUGUGAUUUUCGCCGGGGGACCUCUAUCUCCCUCGACUGGCGACUUUCUCGUUUCACAAGGGGUGCAUUUGCGUUCGUUGUACGGUGGAACGGAAUUUGGUAUCGUAUCUGACAUUGACAUCGACGAAAAAGAAGACGAGAAUUGGCGUUGGCACCGAUUUGCGAAGGAAAGCGACGCGCGAUGGGUUCCCCAGGGAGAUGGGACGAGUGAACUUCAGCUGCUUAAUACGAAGAAACAUGUCUUAUCGCUCAUCAACAUCACGGUGGACGGUGUUCCUGGGUAUGCGACCUCUGAUGUUUUUGCCCCGCAUCCAACAAAAGCCGAUCUAUGGAAGAUUGUCGGUCGUGCAGACGAUGUAAUCAUUCAUUCCUCUGGAGAAAAAACAGUUCCACAUCCCUUUGAAUUUGCGGUAAUGCGGAGUCCAUUUGUACGUGAAGCUGUGAUGUUCGGCCGUCAACGAGACCAAGCUGGAAUCUUGAUCGAGCCUUCACUUGGAAAUGAAAUUGAUGUAGAUGACGAGGUUGCUGUGUCACAGUUUCGAAACAAGAUAUGGCCGUUUGUAGAAGAAGCUAACCGAGCUGCUCCUGCGUAUAGUAGAAUUUUCAAAGAGAUGAUCCUGAUUUCAUCCCACAAGAAACCACUUCCGCGGGCAGCUAAAUCGACUGUCUUGCGAAAAGCAGUGUAUAAGAUUUAUGAGAAGGAGAUCGACCAAAUUUACGAUGCCGUCAAUACUCAUGCAGGUAGUGGGUCCAUAGUGCCCCCUACCAGUUGGGACACCGCGGGCGUCCAGCAGUGGCUUAUGGUCCAGAUUAAAGAUCUAUGUGGAAAGUCGUUGACACCACUCGACGAUGUGUUCGAACACGGUUUCGAUAGCUUAUGCGCAACCAUCCUUCGUUUGCGAUUAUCCAGCGUACUGGCUUCAAAUUCGUCAACACAAAACAUUGUUCCAUUCAUUACCCAAAAUAUAGUAUAUUCGCAUCCUUCGAUUGGAUCUUUAUCCGAUUUUAUUGUAGGACUCGUACGCGAUCCCUCUCAGAACAGCAAAGACACGAGUCAUGAGGAAGCUAUGGAGGAAAUGAUCAUGCGUUACUCCAAAGGGCUGGACGAGCCGUUAAAUGGUGUCAAACCUGCAGCUCGCGAGCCCUUUGGGCAUGUUGUACUGUUGACUGGGUCAACUGGAAACCUUGGUGCUCUGAUCCUCGCGAUGCUGCUCUCCAAUAAAGCCGUCGCGCGUGUAUAUGCGUUGAACCGACCAUCUUCUCAAGCUUCCACGUUGGAAAGGCACAUAAAGCGGUUCGAGGACAAGGCGCUAGACACCUCGGUACUUUCAUCGGACAAGCUGGUGUUCCUUGAAGGCGAAACCUCGAACCCCCAUCUAGCACUGACGGACCAUGUUUAUAAUGAACUUCAAGAAAACCUCACGCAUGUCAUUCAUAAUGCGUGGAAGUUGGACUUCAAUCUUUCCUUACCUUCAUUCGAAUCGCAUAUUCGUGGAAUUCGCAAUUUGAUAGAUUUGUCUCGUUCGUGCCGAUAUGUUUCCUCACUGCGAUUUUUGUUCACCUCGUCGAUCGCAUCGACGCUAUCGUGGGAUGCGAGUAAAGGACUUUAUCCAGAGGAAGUCGUCAUGGAUCCAAAGUAUGCUGUUGGAGCAGGAUACGGCGAGAGCAAGUAUGUAUCUGAGAGGAUAUUGCGGGAAAGUGGACUUCAUGCUUCCUCCUUCCGAAUAGGUCAGAUCGCCGGGGGUAAACCUAAUGGAGCUUGGGCGACAAGCGACUGGCUGCCCAUGAUUGUAAAGUCUAGUCUGACUAUGGGUAUGCUUCCAGAAGCUAUGGGGGUUAUAUCUUGGGUGCCAAUGGAUGCAGUUGCAGAAGCUAUUUUGGAUGUAGCUUUUGCUAAGGAACAUGCACCUCUGACCAUAAAUCUCGUUCACCCUCAUCCAGUUACGUGGAAUUCAAUGAUGGAAGCGAUUCGAGUGUCUUUAAUAUCAGCUAAAGGGUUGAGCUCGAAAGCCCUGCGACUAGUACCAUUUAAUGAAUGGUACACUAUGCUCAAAGAAGCGGAUACGCGUGGACCUGCCGAGAAGACAUCAAUUCAAAUUCCUGCUACCAAAAUACCGGACUUCAUUGGAGCUUUGGUCCAAGCCAAUGACCGAGCUAGAAAGACAGGCGACAAUGACACUGAGGCUGUCGGAUUAACCGCAAUGGACACAAGUAACAUCCAACGUAUUAGUGCACGGAUGAGAGAUCUAGAACCAAUUGGUAUACAAGACGCCGAGUCGUGGGUGAAGUAUUGGGUUCAGUGUGGCAUGUAA